AGCCAAUCCCAGAGAGGCGGGCGAUACUACCAGCCAAUCACAGUUAAGGAGGGCGGGGUUUAUCAGAGGAAUACAGUACGAGGUACGUGCGAAGCGACACGAGCAGGCAGUCAGUUAGUUUGUGGAGGUGUUGGGAGUUUAGUUGUUGGUUUUUUAUUGCUGUUUUUGUUGAGAGUUUAAAAUGACUUUGCUGUUGUCGACCUUAAGCAGGAGUUUGCGCUCUGCAGUGCGACUCUGCAGUGUGUCUCAGCCGUGUAGAGUCGUGUAUAAAUCCCACUCUGUAGCAGGAGGAAGAUGGUCUACAAGGUGGUCUUCAAGGUUUGUGAACAUGAACAUGACCGAGACGGCGCGUGGAGCACCUGCUUCCGGUAAAUACAGGACAGGUGUGUUAAUGGCCACCGGCGUGUUCGGUAUCGUGGCUGCAGGUGUGUGUCAUCUUCAGCAGGCUGAAAUGGCAACCAGGGUGAGGAAGAUGGAGGAAGAGGAGGAAGGAGACGUCGCGGAGAGAUGCAAGAAGUUCAUGUCACUGCCGGUCACCGACGUGCGCGUGCUGGAGCAGAGGAAGCAGGAGAUGAGCAGCAGGAUGGAGAUGCUCAUCAUGGAGACCCAGGCUGAGUUCUGCAGAGCUCUCGAGGAGGUGGACGGAGGAACCUUCAAGGUGGACCGCUGGAGCCGUGAGGAAGGUGGCGGAGGGGUCAGCUGUGUGUUACAGGACAGUAACGUGUUUGAGAAGGCCGGCGUGAACGUCUCGGUGGUGUUCGGUCACCUGUCUGAAGAAGCUGCCAAACAGAUGCGCAGCCGCGGGAAAACGCUGAAGGCGAAAGACGGGAAGCUGCCCUUCAUCGCCAUGGGCGUCAGCUCUGUGAUCCACCCCAAAAACCCCCACAUUCCCACAGUGCACUUCAACUACAGAUACUUUGAGGUGGAGGAAGCAGACGGCAGUAAGCAGUGGUGGUUUGGAGGAGGAACUGAUCUGACUCCAGUCUACAUCAAUGAGGAAGAUGCUGUUCUUUUCCACAGUGUUCUCCGUGAAGCCUGUGACAAGCACAACCGGCAGUAUUACCCCGACUUCAAGAAGUGGUGCGACCGUUACUUCUUCAUCCGGCAUCGCAGCGAGACUCGGGGCAUCGGCGGGAUUUUCUUUGACGAUCUGGACUCGCCCGGUCAGGAGGAAGUGUUCAGCUUUGUGAAGAGCUGCGCUAAGACGGUGGUGCCGUGCUACCUGCCCAUCGUCCACAAACACCUCAACGACAAGUUCACGCAGCAGGAGAAGGACUGGCAGCAGAUCAGACGUGGCAGGUACGUGGAGUUUAACCUGGUCUACGAUCGCGGGGUGAAGUUCGGCCUCGCUACUCCCGGCUCCAGAAUCGAGAGCAUCAUCAUGUCUCUACCUCUCACAGCACGAUGGGAGUACAUGCACGAGCCCGCUCCAGGCACUAAAGAAGCAGAGAUGCUGGAAGUUUUACGCAACCCCAAGGAGUGGAUCUGAAACAACACACACACACACACACACACACACACACACCCCGAGACACUAAAGGUCCUUAUAAUGGGGUGAUGAAACUGUUAAUUCACUUUCAGGCUCGUCGCUGCGUCGCUGAUGGCGUGCUGGAUCUCUCGGGUCAUUUUUUUUACUCUCCAGAGACAUAACUGAGACUUUGUCUUCAGUGUUUUCUGCCUUUUCUUCUUUCUAGACGUCUGUUUCAGACUCGCCUUGCUAAUGCUGACGCCGGUCUAUAUUGGACGUGUCCCAUAUCACUCGUUACACACCUAGUAGCUUUGUAAUGCUUGUUUAACACUUCUUCUGUAGCUUAGUGUGUGAUUUCUGCUGAUUCACUGCCUGAUUCUUUCGAUUCGUCCUCCUCAGCUGAAGUACUGCUGCUCUUCUGUGGUAUUUUUUAUUUUUUUUCCUGAAAAAGAAGCUGUGAGUAUGAGGCUGGGCUGUAUUAUGUGCAUUUUACUGUUCAUGUGACACAUUUGUAAUUUUAUAAGAAGAUAAAAUUUAUAGGAUAUUAUAAAUGUUAUGAUUGUAAAAGGACCGUCCGCCUCUGAGAGUUGGUGAAGAUGUGGAGUUAUGAUGAUAAAGGAAUACUCCAGCGUUUGUUUUUAAUCCUAAUCACCAUCAUCCACAUUUGUAGCCUAUGUCAUAACCACAGACACGAGUUUUUAUGAAAUAUUUUCCUGCACUGAGACAAGAACAAAAAACAUGACGACUCCAAACUCACGAAGAAACGAAGUCGAAGGGCAGCUGUUGCGCUUCGUCAGUAAACAUAUGAUUGUAAAAUGCAGUUUUUUUUUUAAAACACUAAAGGUGGGAGGAUGAGACAGAAAUGAGAGAACGUCUCAUUAAAUCUGUUCUUAUGGAGUUUGAUCAACUUUCCAUUUCUGGAGCGAUGCAGUAAAAAGUAGUUUCGGGUAUUUUUGUGGUAUCCGUACGCCAUUAGAGAUUAACAUAGUUACACGAUCCUCCCUCAGAAAAAGCAGUUCCAUCUCUGAUAGGAUCAGUUCUACAGAUGUAGAGCUUUAUCUACAAAAACCUGGAGAAUUUAUGGAAGUGUUUUACUAAAAUAGUUUUGCUUAGAAAUACUCCACAGCUGCCCUUAGACUUCCUGCUAGUGAAACGUGGAGAAAUUCCUGAGAGUAUUCCUUUAAUCUUCAAAUAAAACUGGAUUAAAUGAAAUGACAUUAAACCCACCGGCUUGUUUUAGAGAACUUUGUGUUCAUAUGAUUCGUUAGUUCCAUAAGAGAGAUGUAUGAUUACAUGUUUAUACACCUUUAUUAGGGGAAUAUAUUUCUAAAAUUAUUUUGGCUUUGCUUUUAAUAAAAACGAGAAUUUAUUUGUAUAAAUAAAUAUAUCUGCAUUUUGUACUUUUAUUUUGACAAAUCUCAUAAAUAAAUCAUGAAAUCUUUAA